ACCAGCUGUCAACAUCAUCGUGCAAAAUAAUCCUCAAGAUGUCAUCAAACGGUCAGCAUGGCUUUGACUCAGUCGGCUUCGAUGAGCUUUUGUCCAAUCCAUUCGCAGACUCGUCACCGAAGACUCCACGCCAUGAAGUUCCCGAACCGUGCAAGGCGGCCUCUUCAUCGCCGGAACUAAGUCCAGUGAAGCCUCAAGAACAUGCGCCCAAGCCAGUUGAACGCGAAGCUCCAGCCUCGCCUGUUUCUCGUCCUACACCGUCUAGCCGUCGCACGCCGGGCGGUCGCAUGACCCAGAGUGUAGUCCUUGACCUCGACGCGGGACCGCUUGGACCUCUAGGUGGAGGACCUCUGAGUGAAGAUUCUUCGCCUACAGCAUCGUUGCCGACAAGGGAUUCCAGACCAUCUCGGACGGAUCAGGUUCGCCAGGAGAUUGACGCGUUGGCUUUGCAGAGUAAUGCGGGCCCGAGUCGUGAGGCGCAAGAAGUACCUGGUCUCUCCAGAGAAAACAGCUAUAGUCGAUCAGCUCCAGAGCCUGCGGUGCCAACUAGCAAACCAAGUCACAUCCCGCUGGAACAAGCUGCCAAGCCGUCCUUUGACAUCAGCGUCGGCGACCCGCAAAAGAUUGGGGAUUUGACCAGCAGUCAUACAGUGUAUAAAGUCCGAACAAAGACGACUUCGAGCGCGUUUAAGGUUCCCGAAUUUGCCGUAAUGAGGCGUUAUCGCGACUUCUUGUGGCUGUUCGAUAAGCUGAACUCGAAUAACCCAGGUGUUAUGGUACCGGCGCCGCCUGAGAAGCAGGCCGUCGGACGGUUCGAUGAGGACUUCGUCGAAGCAAGACGGCAUGCGCUCGAGAGAAUGCUCGUUAAAGUUGCUGCACAUCCUGUGCUCCACCGGGACCCGGACUUCAAGCUGUUUCUGGAGUCCGAGACGUUCAAUGUGGAUGUGAAGCACAAGGAGAAGGAAAGGGCUGCAACGAGUGAAAGCAAGGGUUUCAUGGGCGCAUUUCUGUCCGGUGCAGGUGUGAAGUUCGUGGAGCAGGAUCAGUACUUCGAGGACAAGAAGAACUGGUUGGAGGUGAUGGAAUAUCAGUUGAAGGUCUUAUCAAAAGCAAUCGAUGGUGUUGUGAGGCAGAGGAAGGACUUGGCUGGAGCAACCUACGAGUUUGGCAAUUCGCUGUCGUCGUUGUCAUCUACGGAGCUGGAUCGGGAAUUGGGCAACUCGUUGGCUGCAUUAUCUGACUUGCAAAUUCGCAUCAAGGAGUUGUACGAACGACAGGCCCAGCAAGAUAUUCUUACUAUGGGUAACACUGUGGAAGAAUAUGUCCGCCUGUGUGGUUCGAUCAAGACGGCCCUGCAGGCCAGACAAAAAGCAUACAUCUCAUGGCAAACCGCGGAGUCAGAUCUGACUAAGAAGCGUUCGAGUGUGGACAAGUUGAAGAGACAAGGUCGUACGCAGCAAGACCGUCUUUCUCUGCUGGGUGACGAGCUGGUGGAGUCUGAGCGAAAAUGCAAUCAACUGCGUCUGGAGUUCGAGGAAGUGGGCAAGCUUCUCAAGACCGAGUUCGAACGCUUCGAUAAGGAGAAAGUGGAGGAUUUCAAGACCUGUGUUGAGACUUUCUUAGAAAGUGCGGUAGAGAGCCAGAAAGCUUUGAUCGAAGGCUGGGAAACCUACUUGACAUAUCUGGAUCGGGAAGAUCAGGAUCAACACGAGUCGGUCGGAGACAGGAACGGUGUCUCUGAAGAGCAGCAAACCUCCACAAACCAAGACGAACGGCGGGCUGAAGUUGCAGAAUAAUCAGGUCAUGGUGAACAAUCUUGUCGAUACGUCGACGCUCUUGAUAGGCAGGAUAUAUGGUUUUCUCUUUCAAAGGCUGAACCCAGAAGUACAAAUUCCACAUGCAGAAACAAAACCCAGAUAACGCCAUUAGAGA